GCCUGAAGUUGAUCAGUCCGCUCAGAAAAGUGCUCCAGAGGGGGAAGUAUUGGAAUCGGUUUGAAAUAGGGGAAAGUCCUGAUUUUUCAGCAAAGAAUUGCCUUGCUCACAGACACCAUUUAUCAGAGAGGAAAUUGUUUCAGUGCAUUCCUUAAUUUUGCGAGUUUACACUUAUUGCAUCAAAUUGGACUUUUAAGAGAAGGGAAAUUGUUCUUCAGUUUUAGAAAAACCUCAUUUUGAGCUCCAAAAGAUAGCAAGGCUGUCACAGCGGUACUGUCUUCAAAGCGAGGAAAAACACAGGUGCGUCUGGAUGCUGACUCUUUUACAAACGCUUUGAUAGAAGCUUUAAAAUCUGAUGACCGGAGGCAAAGAAACCAUCUCUCCCAUUAAGUACACCAGUUGAUUCAUAUUUCCAUACUGUGAGGUGAUCUUCUGAACGAACAUGAUACUCGGUUUUUUUCUGUUGGUGACAUUUUUCUUGGGACUGUCGCGGUGCUGGGGCUCCUAUGUCCCCUGCGAGCCGUGCGAUCAGAAGGCGCUGUCGAUGUGCCCGCCGGUUCCCGUCGGCUGCCAGCUGGUGAAGGAGCCGGGCUGCGGUUGCUGCCUGACCUGCGCUUUAUCGGAGGGUCAGGCGUGCGGCGUGUACACCGGAACAUGCACUCACGGGCUCCGAUGCUUGCCACGGGACGGCGAGGAAAAGCCGCUUCACGCCCUUCUGCAUGGAAGAGGAGUCUGCACGAAUGAGAAGGGAUACAAAGCGCUCCAUCCACCGAUGGAUCGAGAGUCGCGGGAGCACGAGGACACAGUGACUACUGAGAUCACAGAUGACAUUUUUCUCCCUGCCAAAGUACCACUCUUCCCCAAAGACCACAUCACCAGCAAGAAGGCCCACGCCAUGCGCAAGGACCGGAAGAGGCAGCAGGAGAAGCUGCGUUCCGUCGGCCAGGUGGACUACUCCCCCCUCCCCAUCGACAAGCACGAGCCCGAAUUCGGUCCCUGCAGAAGAAAGCUGGACGGGAUUAUCCAGAGGAUGAAGGACACCUCUCGCGUCAUGGCCCUGUCCCUGUACCUGCCCAACUGUGACAGAAAGGGCUUCUUCAAGCGCAAGCAGUGCAAGCCCUCCCGUGGACGAAAGCGGGGCAUCUGCUGGUGUGUGGACAAGUACGGGGUACAGCUGCCCGGCACAGACUACAGCGGAGGUGACAUCCAGUGCAAGGAUCUAGAGAGCAGCAGCAACAACAACGAGUGAGGAGCCGCCCUCCCCAAUCACCUGACCAAGGGCCCGCCCUCCCCAAUCACCUGACCAAGGGCCCGCCCUCCCCAAUCACCUGACCAAGGGCCCGCCUUCUACCCUGCUGUCCAUCCACCCACCAGUCACUUUGAGAUUUAAAAUGCAAAAAAGAAAAACAAACAAAAAAAAAAUUAAACAGAAAAAAAAGACAUAUGAACCUUCUUGACUGUGCGCUCAUCUCUAACUCGCUGGGAAAGCUAGGUCAGUCCCCUUACUCUCUGCUGGGACCCUCUGAUAAGAGCGAGGUCUCGGCGAAAUGUUUGUAAAAAUAUAUACGUAUAUUUAUAUAUUUUUAUAGAAAUGGGAUUGAGCACCAAACUGUAUUUCUUUCAAAUUUAAAGUGAUGCAAACAAAAAAAAAGAACACAAGGCACGACAGUGGAAAGCAGGACUGUGUUGGUAUUUCAUGUCUGUUCCUAUUGUGGUGUCAGAGACAUAGCAGGAAUUUGAAUAUAGGCAAAAAAGGAUUGGUUUCUUUUCCAGAAAUAACGAAAAAAUGAGGUAGGGAUCUGCUGAUACAGCUCCCACUAUCUGGGUAUUUGUCCUGUCAGAGCACUUAAACAUUGGGGAAACUGAUUUGUUUGGAAAUAUGCAACUUUGCUUGGUGAUUGUGACCCUGAGCCUGGGUGAGCUCUGUAAAGAGCGUUCUCUUUUGCUCCUGUCCCCGGUGCUUCCAGCGGGAAUCCCUGAGCUAGCCAGCGGCUGAGGGGGUGAGAGGAGGGGCACGCGGCCAGCCUGUGAACAGGGUGUCUUUGGAAGUAGGAACAUAGGCAAGAGGAAGAAGAAACACGUUGUGGACAAAUCUUUUUAAGCCGCUUCAUGAGGUUGUAGCAAAUUUAUAACGCCAACUGUGCCUGUGUAAACAGAGGCUGCCAUGCCACUCGAGACACCCAGGGCUACAGAGGGAACCCUGCUUUCCGCUGGUGCACAGAGGCCAUGACAUCCUACAGAUCAUGAAACAGUCUGAGGCUCCCCUCCUCUCCCCUCAACCCCUGACUAAACAUCAGCGGGAUAGUUUUAACACCCCCCUACACACACACACACACACACACACACACACACACACAAACACUCACUUACACAGACUUUACUUGAUAAAGUAUGUCAAUGCAAGUCGUUGAGAAAGGUUGAAAUGGUUAAAAUGAGAAUUUGUUUAUUCCUUCAUUACUGUUUCGAGCGAACGUGUGUGAAGCACAUCCUGGAAUCGAGUGUUUGAAAGGUAAAAGCGUCAAACGUUGCGAGGGGAAUUAAAACACAGCGCCUGAGUCCGCCAGCCAGGACCACAGUGCUCUCCCCACUGCGGUCAUUCUGUGUGUAGCCUUAUCUGAUUUUGUUUGUACUGUUUUUCUUUGCCUUCAGUGAAGUAAUAACUGCCCAUAUUUUGUAACCAAGUGAUCUCGUAGACACAGAUAUAGGUCUAACCUUGGUGAGUUACUUUAAAGAUAUAUUAAUGAAUGCUUUUUCAAAGCACUUCAUGAUAGGGGCGCUUUGAAAAGGCAUAGCUGAGCCUGUUUACUAUGCAAAUGCGAAAAAGGGAUUUGCAUAGUAGUUUAUUCCAGCUUGUCAUGACUGAGGGAACCCUGGUCAUUUGAAUACAGGAUGGCCAGGAAGCUCGCCUUUUCUCUCCCUUCCCUCAGCUUAUCUGUAACACACUAAUUAUCUUCUUAGUGUAAACUUACCUUUCAUACAUCACUAUAUCAUAAAUCAGGAAUAAUUUGUUGGAAAGCCCAGCCUUUUCUUAAAAAUGAUCACCAGUACAGGAAAGUGCACAUUUUUAUCACUUCAGGGCCUUUUGAUGUGUAGCUUUAGUUCUGUAUGUAAAUCUCAGUGCCUUUCUGCAUGCAAAUAGAUUUGAAUAGUGAUUACCACAGACAAGUAGAAGGGGAAAAGAACCAGAGGCCCUGCUUAAUCAGACGACAGAGCUAAGACAGGUUCUAAUUUGGAUACAGGUGCACAACCAGUUUACUCUCGUGUCACACAUUUAUUCUGAACCAAAUUGAAAGCACACCUGGUGCUAGAGGCAGAGAGAUGAAGGUAGAGGGAUGCAUUUGUCGCUUGAACUUGAAACGUGGCUAUAACUCUGCCUCUUUUUAAAGCAAGAGGCUGGACAUUGCUUUGGCAGCCGCAGGGUAGUUCAGGACUGCUGGGUGCAGUAGGUCAGGCUUUGCCCAUUUUCAGCAAUCAGUGCACCUGUGAGGACGCCCGGCCUCGGUCUCAUUCUCUGCUACACGGCUUGCUCUCUCAUCCUGUUUCAGACAUGAAAACAGGUCAUUAUUAAUGAGACUAGUGUGAGCCUAGCUCUGCAGUGACCUGUGACCUCUGUUCUUGCAUUGGGAAACCGAUUGAGAGAUCUUGCAUUUACUAAACAGUUCUAAAUAUGCAAAGGGAUUCUUGAUGAUGUUACAAAGGUUAAAAUUAUUGACAGUUGUAUUCUUAAUGCACUUCUGAGUCAGUAAUGUGAAGUUGGCAGGUGAUCUGGGUCUGUUCCUGACACAGAAGGCAUCUGAAACGGAGAAAAUUCAACACAGACAGUAAUAACUCAAGCUAUUGGCAAGAUCUGAGUCCUGCACAGUGCAUUGCUCCCCUUCACCCUGUUUUUGAAAGCAGUUUGCACUUGAUUAAAUUAAUCCAUAACCAUGACAAAAAGGACAAUCUUCUUCUCAUAGUACCAUCUGAAAAUGUGCAGAUGCGUUUUGUUUGUGUUGAGCAGCAGAUUCAGGCCUCCGAGGCGCUGCACGGUAACUUUGACAGGGGCUGUGGCCCAUGCCUGGGACCCACAACAAUGUCAGAUACGGAUCAUAGUAACGCAAGUAGCUACUAAUCACAGCUGAACUUGGCCUGCUCUCACAGCCUGUGGAGCCGAGCCUCACUGUCAGAGGGAGAGAGCGUAAGUGUGGUAGGGAGUGGCCUCGCAUGGGGGCCCCCUCUCUGAUAGACCCCAACCACAGGGACACAGAAAUUUGCAACAGUAUGACAUAGAUACAUUUAGCAGGACAGACAACGGGGUCUUCUGGAGUCUGAGGGCCAGGCAAAAGGCAGCAAGGGGUGAAUGUGUGUUUGAUUUCCACCUCUUUUGGUAUCUACCGUCGAUUUGAGAGGAGAGAUUUAAAAUCCUUGGCCUUGUUGAAACUGAUAUCAAGUGCAGUAUCGCCAUCUCUUCCAGAGGCACACAAGCUAUGCUGGCUGUCUGCCUGUCACUAAAUUAAAUUUGUAAAGGUGGGUAGUGAUACUGCAUGUCUUCAACCAAUUUGCGCCUAACUCUAGAAAUCAUGAGUUUCUAGUUUGCUCAUGGAAGGCUUUUUUGGUUCAACAGUUGUAAAGGUAAACUGCAUACAUGUGGCUAUAGAACAUAUGUUGGGUGCAGAUUGCAUAUGCGAAAAAUCAAGAUCGGAACUGAAACUGCUUUGUUUAAUGAUAUUAUUUGAGCAUUGAGUGUGGAAAUGAAAAUAGCACAGUUAAAGAGUUUAAAGGAGAGUACCUUCAGCUGCUCCAAGCUACGCCUGCGACUCCCUCAGACUCCCAGUCUCCAACUGGAUAGACUAAUGCCGUAACUACAGCUCAUAGUACCGUAGUAACUACAGCUUUUUCUGAAUGCAUAACUAAUUUUUUAGUGGAGGAGAAAAUACAAACUAUUCAGUGUGUUAACAUGAUGUUAACAGCUUGUGAAAAAGACCCACUGGUGGCAGCAGGGCCGAGAAAACCUUCAGCAUUUGGAACUUUUAAUAAUAUAAAAAAGGAAGAAAAAAAUCUCGAA